GUUUUUAUUGGCUAGACAUGGGUUGCCGAGAAGUUCAUGCUGCAACGGUCCUGGCUUUCCUUUCUGGAACAGCUGCCUUAUCGGGACUUAUAGCUGCUGCCCUGCUUCCUAACUGGAGACAAAUGCGACUGUACACCUUUAACAAAAACGAAAAGAAUGUGACGGUUUACACUGGGCUCUGGAUUAAAUGUGUCCGUUUUGAUGGAAGCAAAGACUGUGUAAUUUAUGACACUGAGUGGUAUACUGCUGUAGAUCAAUUGGAUUUGCGUGUCCUCCAGCUUACUCUUCCCAUAAGCAUGUUGACUACAGUGUUGGCUCUGUUCCUCUGUUUGAUUGGCAUGUGUAACACCGCCUUCAUCUCAUCUGUGCCAAACAUCAAACAAGCCAGAUGUCUCAUAAAUAGUGCAGGUUGCCAUCUUGUGGCCGGCCUCUUCUUUCUCCUUGCUUGUGUCAUUUGUUUGGCUCCAUCUAUCUGGGUCAUCUUCCAUAAUCAAGAAAUGAACAAAAAAUACGAGCCAGUUUUCUCCUUUGACAUUUCUGUAUUCAUUGCUAUUGCCAGUGCGGGAGGCUUGCUGUUCACGGCCAUUCUCUUAUUCCUGUGGUAUUGUGCAUGCAAAACACUUCCUUCCCCUUUCUGGCAGCCCCUGUAUUCACAUGCGCCUAGUGUUCACAGCUAUGCUUCCCAGCCGUAUUCUGCACGAUCACGCCAUUCUGCCAUUGAAAUUGACAUACCUGUGGUUACACAUACCACUUAA